UUAUUUUUAAGAAUUUGUUGUUAAUACUCAUUAGCUUAUAUUUAUAUAGGCUAAGAUAUGUUUUGUGAAGCUAUAGAGUUAUAAUAUGAAAGGUCGUUUGAUCAAUAGGAGCAGCCAUGCCUUUGAAGCAUCAGCCAGAGUCACUUAGGAAGUUCUCUUUGCAGACCAUCUGUCGGAACUUCAACAAGUUGCUCUACGGAGUCGAUGACGACGAUAACAUGAGGAUUCUAAUAGAUUCUGGGUCAUACCUGGAGACAAAAAACCCCCUCAUUGAUUUACCCCCAAACAUGCUGGAGGAGCUAUCAGAGGAAAUGAGGCACCUGACUCAUUUGAGAUGUCAUCAUCUGCAUAUGAUGAUCACUGAGAACCUGCAGGAGUGGACCACUGGGGGCAUAGCUGACCAGAUGAUGGCAUUUCACCUCAUCAGCACACGCUGCAAGAAACUAAAGACCCUGAACAUGUCCUACGUAAGGCAUCUGAACCAUAGAGUGUUUAUGACCUUGGUUCCAACCCUAACCAACAUCGUUAGUCUGGAUCUGCGGAUGACUUUAACAGUAGACGAGGUGGUAGAUAAGAUUGGAGCCUGUUGUAAACAGCUGGUGGAUCUCAAUCUAUCAGGGACUCCCAUCACAGACAAAGGCCUAGUCCACCUUUGUCUAUCAUCGACUGGUGAGCGAAGGAGUCAGAAGUUAGUCCGUCUUUCAGUAGGAGAAACAUGGAUAAGCGUAGCAGGAGCUACGGUCGUACUGCAGUUCUUACCUAACCUCAGAGAAUUUGACUUUGAUAACAUUUUUGAGGCUAUUGAGCAGGUGGAUAUGUGGGACCAGCAGUCAGAGUUGUGCUUGUUGACUCGUGCUGGAGUGAGAGUAUCAGCUACACCAGCAAACCCACCAUCUAGGCUGCGUCUAACCUGCCUCAACUCCACAGUAGAGUGUGUGCGGGAGGAGUCAGUUGAAGCGACAGUUCGCUUGUGUCCUGACGCCACCAAUGUUGCUAUAUCCAACUCCUGGCUUCCAAAUGAAUCUCUUUAUAAGUUGAUGGUGUUAGAAAAUCUGUCUGCCCUAUCCCUCUCCAACAGUGAAGGGUGUACGUUCACAUUCCAAGAGGGUGUUCUGCCCGUGCUCUCUGUUUGUGGCAACAAACUGCACAGUCUUAUACUGUCUAACUUUCCUGGUAUCGACAUUGCUGGUAUUGGACGCAGUUGUCCAAACUUACAAAACUUGGCAUUUUCAAAUGUGCCUGUCUUCUACAUGCCAUCACAACCCUGCCCUGAGUGGUUCAACAAACUAGAAGCUUUGGAGCUAUGGUCGGUCACCAACAUUGAGCUCAGUCCGAUUCUUAUCAAGCAACUCGUCCUCUUCAGCCCGAUCAUGAGGAAUGUCCUGUUCAACAGCUGCAAUAUCUUGACUGAUGCCUUGCUUAUGGAGAUUAUUCAGGCUAACCCUCUGAAUAAGUUAUCUCACCUGACUAUAGACCAUUGUCAUGGAGUCACUAUGGCCACUAUUAACACAGUCCUGGAUAUCAAGAAUGAGUUGAAUGUUCUCAGGAUAUGGAGUUGUGCAGGAAUCACACGAACCAACAGUGAAGAGAUCUCUCGUCGGAUCACUGACGAAAACCUCGAUAUCUACUUUGAAUGGUUUCAGUUCACUUGAACUGAUAACUAAUAUUUUCUAUGAGCAUUUGGAUUAUCAAUUUUUACUGUGGAAUCUAUGUUGUAAUAAUACAACAACAGUAUUGUGUAUUGUGUACACGAGAAGAAUGGUUUCUUACAUAAUUUUCCAAUAAUAACACUAUAAGGGGAGAAAUCAAAUAUUGUAGACGUUACAAUAGAUGUUGCACUUGAAUGGUCACAUUUCAAUUUAAUAUGGCGACUCUCACAUUAUUGAGAUGAAAUAUUGUUUAACAAUAAUGUCGCAUGGUAUGUCAAUAAAAUA